AUGGACUACUCCGAUAUAGAGGACGAAACUUUAGUUCCUACAGUUAUUACAGAUAUGGAAGAAGAUCUGCCGGUUUCUACAACAACAGUGGUCAAAAGGCGCACAAAUCAGCGUACGGGUGCUAAUGAAAAGCGUAAACGCAAUGUUUUAACUAUUGAGCAAAAAAUGGAAAUUUUGAAACAGUCUGAAAAUAACAUAAGUGUUGCUAUUUUGGCUAAAACAUAUAAUAUUGGAAAACAAACGGUUCGUGACAUUGUGAAGAAAAAAUCCCAGUUACAGAGCUUUGUAGCAAAAGCGGAUAGUGCAAAAGCUAUUUCUGACGGGAAAUCUCUAAAAGGGUCUACGUUUCGAGAACUUGAUGAUGCUAUGACCAAGUGGUUCUUGCAGAAAAGAUCAGUGGGGGUUCCGAUAUCAGGACCUAUGUGUACUAGGCAAGCUGAAAAGUUUCACAAGCAGUUGAAAAUUAAAGGCAACUUCUCGGCAUCUUCUGGUUGGCUUUACAGAUUUAAAAAACGUCAUGGAAUACGAGAAUUAGCUGUUCAAGGGAAGAAAUUAAGUGCUAAUGAUGUAGCUAUGGCUGUACUGUUACUGGAUAAUGCGCCAUCGCAUCCUGAUGUAGAGCAACUAAAGUCAACAGAUGGGAACAUAUUCGUAGCAUAUUUUCCUCCGAAUGUAACAUCUAUUGCCCAGCCAAUGGACCAAGGUGUUAUAGAGACCAUGAAGAGACUUUACAGAAAAGACCUCAUGUAUUGGAAACGUCUAAAUUUGAAAGAAGCAAUUUAUGCUGUAGCUCGUGCUUGGAGUGAUGUGAAAGUGGAUCACAUUAAAAAAUCAUUUUAUAAAAUAAUGACUUUAGAACAUGAAGACGGUUCUGAAGAUGAAAAUCACUUAAAUGAAGGUGAGCUGUCCGUCGGAAAUAUAGCAACUAUUGCCUCACAAAUCAAAGGUUUAGAAGAAAUAGACAAUAAAGAAAUACAAGAAUGGAUAGAAUGUGAUCACCAAGAAACAGGGUAUCAGAUCAUAGAUGACGAUUAUCUACAUAACAAGAGCUCUGCAGAAAGUUCUGACAAAAGUAGUGAUGAGAAUGAGAGUUCUGAUAAAAAUGAUUGCGUCAUUAUGACGAGUCAUCGAGAAGCAAGGGAUGCAGUAAACAGACUUAUUCAAUAUUUUGAAGAACAGCCUGUAACAUUAUGUCUAAAUAGGUAAUAAAACAUUUUUUUUUGUUGCAUUAUGUUUUAUCACGUUGUUUCU